AUGCCACCAGCUCUCUGCCAGGCCUUUGACGAGGUCUUCCGUUUCACAGGCUGCGCGAGCGCAGAGCUGGACGAGGCCGAUGCGUGCGUCAAGCAGGGUAUCACCAACGGCGUGCGGGUGAUGAAGAACAGGAUCGGACAAGCUGUGGGAACCGGUUCCUGCUGUGGGGCGGAGACGAACCAGGUUGUGUCUGCCCAGCGCUUGCAGUGCGACGGCUAUCUGGAUGACUACAACGUCAUCAAGGACAAGUACCUGACGUCAACGCACCUGGGCUGGUAA